AACGCAUUGAAUACCACGUAUUAGUAUUUCAACUAAAAAUAAGAAUGGAAUUUAUUCCUCAAAAUAAACUUUUAAAAGUUAAGGCAGACACUCUGAAAGUUAUCCGGGAUGAGAUCAACCUGGGUAAACCAGGAGAAAUGAAGUCCGCUGUUAAGAUCCUUAAGGAGUGGGUACAGCAACAACCGCAUUUUAAAAAGAAGGACUUCGGUGAACAUUUUCUAGAAACGACCAUUAUUUCGGGAAAAGGAUCCAUAGAACGAGCAAAGAAACAGAUAGAUAGAGUGUGCACAUUGAGGUCAUUAUGGCCACAAUUUUUUGGGGUUAUUGAUAUUAGAAAAGAGUUUGCAGAUAUAUUUGCAAUCGGGCAUUUCGGCGUUCUGCCCGAAGUAAAUGAAAAUAACCACAGAGUGUUUGUCGCUCAAGUGAACGGAAACAUUUUAAAGUCAUCACAAUUACUCAAUUAUUAUAGAUAUGCAAUAUGUUUUGGAGAGUACAUGAGAACGCACGAUUACUAUGUCAGCUACCAUUACAUCGUAGAUCUGAGACAAACCGACAUGACGGCCUUCUUGGCCUCCUGUAAUCCCAUUGAGAUGAAGCAGGCACUGACAAUAUUGAUAGAAUGUUACGGAAUCCGAUUUAAGGGGCUGCAUUUUAUUACCAACUCAAAACACCUCAUAGAUAUGUUAAUCACAAUAUUAAAGCAAAUAUUGAAGCCGAAGAUAAUUCAGCGGCUACACCACCACGCUACUUGCGACAGCUUGGCGGAUUUCAUCGGGAAAGACUAUUUGCCCGUGGAACUGGGCGGGACGGCGGCCUCCAUGCAGGAUAUCCAUAAUAAAUGGGUGGAAGUUUUGUCUUCGAAGGAGAACAUGGAGUAUUUGCGUGCAAUGGACGAUGUCGGUACUAACGAAGCACUCAGACCCAACGUUCAGUUUAACGAAGAAUAUGCAGGUGUCACGGGAACUUUCAGAUUUUUAAGCGUUGAUUGAUCUUGUCAAUAACUCUGACGCUUUUUUUACUUGAUACUUGAUAAAUUGAACAUAAGUAACAAUUUUAUAUUUUUUAAUUUACUUCUAUACUUAUGCGUACAUUACUUCUUAACAUUCCUGAAUUGGUUAGUAUUAAUUGUGUCUCAAAGUUUCCAAUGUCUUCUGCCUCGCACUUUUUCCAGUGUUGGUUCUCCAGCAAUUAAUUUAACGUCUCCUUGCAUAUAAUUUAAUGGUAAAUAAAGCUUAAAAGUUAUAGCUAUAAAGCUGGAUAACUGAUUAAACUAAGUUGGCAUCUAAUUCUAACUACCUAUUAUAAAAAUAGUAUAUAUUUACAGUAGCAGUAGUAAGUUUAUCUUAGCAGUAAUAAAAUUCUGUUUUGCAUACAGGACGUAAAUAAUUACUACGAGUCAUUAUUAUGGCUCUUGACCUCGGGCUCAAAGAUAUAAAAAUGUAAUUAAUUGUAAGGUAUAAGGCAUAAAUAUAGUAGUUGUUUAGCUGUAUAAAGAAUUAAGAUCAAGGAUCAAGAACUAUUAAGUAAGUACUUAUAUGAAGAGAUUUAAAAAGGCGUUGUUGUUGUCUUGCUUUGCUUUUAAAUUCCAAACUACAGCCUCAAAAAAUAUUAACCCUAUGUUAUUAAAAAGGAAACUUUUAUAUUAAUGUUAUUUAAAUCACUCCACACGACGCCACACAGCCGAUCUAACAUUAUGGCAGUACAUAUUUAUAUUUGCUUAUGAGGUAAAUAUACGACUUUAAACAGCACUGCCUUUAACAUCAUUAAUGAUUGAGCGACGUCCAUCACACAUUAGCACGGUUUAUGUCUCCUUUUGUUUGAAAACUAGUGGAAGCAAAAUCGACAACGAAAACAUUAGCCCAUUUAAUUAAUACAAUAUAAUUUACUUGACAAAAUAAGCCCAUUUUGUAUGUGUUCAGCUUUCAAAUCAGUCACUAGAUAGUAAUUAUAAUAAAUACUACAAAGUACAAACACUACUCACACGU